AUGAACCUGGGGAGAGGAUUUUCCAUUCCCCGGGAUAAGGGAGCCGUUCAGAAUGGGGAUCCUUGUAUUCCUUUGACACCGGAGAAGCCAAUUCUACAGAGAUCAAGUCACUUACCUGCUGAAUUGCAGCCGGGAAGUACAAAUUGGCAGGAUUUGCUUGGAAUUUACACUGGCUUUUUACAGGACGAGACCUGUAAUGGGGCUCACCAGACUGUCACUCGUCCUGGAGUCAUAGGUCAGAAUCAAGGGGAUUUUAUAAAUCGAGAUCUUGGUCCAAUUGAGGAGCUCAGAAGCUUCAAUCAAAAUACUGGAAAUGGUGGUUCCUAUAUUAAGAAUUACACUCCAACUGGACUCCUAGGUCAUCAGAAUCUAGGGCAACAUAGCAAUAGAGAUAUUGCUCUGAUUGAAAAUUUCGAAAGCUUCAAUCAAAAUGCUAGAAAUAUUGGGUCAUAUAUACAAAAUUCAGGUAAUGAUAUUCCUCAGAAGGUUAAUACAUUAAUUGAAUUACUGGGGACGAAGAAUGCUGUGUGUAAGCCCUCUACAAAUGAAACAGCAAACAGAAGUUAUGUUAUGGCCAAGACUAUGCCCAGUCCACAUUCUCAAGUCUUAACCAACCGGACAGGGUACAAAAAUACUAGUUCUACAUUCCAGCAGAACCACACUCUGUAUGUAAAUCAAGAUGGUUGUGGUUACAGCCUACAGCAAAUACCGACAGAUGGACGGUUGGUUAAUUACCGAUCCAAUUGUAAUCUGAACUUACCACCACCAAGAACAGAAGCUGGUGCAUCCGCAAGUACAGUCAGGCUCUUCCAAUUAGGGCCAGUAACGCCAGAUCAGCAAAACAAAUCAAAGAACUUCCAGGCCACUGGAGCACCACAUUGGUUGACAGACAAAAUCCCAAGUCAAGAAAAUGAUGAUCCAGCAAAUGUAAUCUUCUCUCAACAACCUAAAAUUGCAGAGAAACAAUCUAGUCAGUUAUUGCAGAAAAUUGUGGACGAAUAUACAGCUGUAUUGAAAUUGCCAAAAGAAAAUAGCAUUUCUGAUAAUGGAAGUCAUGUAGUCUUAUCUCAACCACCUGAAAUUGUAGAGAAACAAUCUAAUCAAAUAAUGCAGAACGCUGUGGCCGAAUCUACUUCCACAUUGGAAUUGCCUAAGGAAAAGAACGUAUCCGAUGAUGGUGGAGGAAUUGAUCUGAACAAGACACCACAGCAAAAAACACCCAGAAGAAGAAAACACCGACCAAAAGUAGUGGUGGAAGGGAAACCGAGAAGGACACCGAAGCCUGCUCCAAAAAAUAAUAGCCCUGAUGGAAAUCCUUCAGGAAAAAGGAAGUAUGUACGCAAAAAGGACAUCAAAACCUCCACAACUCCACUGGCUGGUGUAGUGAACGAGGUUGGAGUUUCUAACGUGAACUCAGCAGAAAAAUCAUGCCGGAGAAUGUUAAGCUUUGACUUGGAAAAUGGAGCAGAAAAGCAAAGCUGGGAUGGAGCAAUUGGAAACCAAGCAGAGAUAAAUGAAAAGAGAAAGAUGCCAUUUACUUGGAACUUAGAUUCUCACAAUGCAGAAGGGAAUACAGGAUUCAACGCAGAAUCUAAAUCAUUUUCAGUGAAACAACAAACAGAGAAUAUACACAGUUUUGUCCCUUCUGUACAUCACAACCCGCUGCAAUUAUCGUUGCCACUUCCAUCUUCAGCACCACCACCUACAGCAAAGGAUCAUACAUUAAAUGUCAUAGCAAGGAGUUUGAGUAUGCGAAAUGCUAAUAUAAACAAAAGCGGAAGCCCGAGUUGGUACAGUCAGGUGGAUCAUCAAGUCAGUGGAGUACAACUGUCCCAGUUUGCCAUUCAAACACAUACCAAUCAAACAAAGGUGGAUGGAAGACAGCAACAAAUGCUGCAGACUGGGACUCAACUUCUGGACGAUUUGGUGGACAUCAUUGACAGGCGGGGAGCCAAGAGAGAAUAUUCCCGAACUGAGUUGACACAGCCAGAAAUUUCUGCACUGAUGGGCUCUCAACUAUUGUGCCAGAGAGUUUCUAAGACUGACUAUUAUGCCAGUGAGAGCAACAAAUUAUUGCAAGAUGGUUUAGAAACUAGUAAGAGAAAGAAGGUUGAUAAUAAAUUUCAUGUAACCUCAUCAAGCACACCUUCUGGCAUUACUGUUGAACAUUGCUCAAGACAAGUUGAAGGAAGAGGCACAAACGGCUCUACUUUGCACCUGAAUGGUGGAUUACCAUAUUCUGUCUUUGAAGGAAUGAGCACCUUCAGGAAGCCAAAUAAUGAAUCCAACAAGGUCCAUGAUCGGUACAUGAACCCCGGAAACUUUCAACAUGAAUUUCAGCAGCAACUUACUUCAUCUCGAGCACAUUCACAUGCAGAACAAAUGGUGCAGAAGGUCACUUGUCAAGCUAAUAAAGCCCAAAGUGGAAACUCCCUAGCUGCAAUUCUAUGGAGUCAGGAGUCUUCAUCUCAAAGGGGCCAUAAAAUCAUUGGAGGAAAUGAAAUAAUAAAUUCUUCUAUUCACCUUUCGGUGAAGGAACAGACGGCUAGACUGAAAUCAUUCAACCAAGCACUCAAUAUGGAGAAAGUCAUCCGUAAAGAGAACAAGACAAGGGGUUACAAAGGCUUACUUAUAGAUGGCAGACGUCUAUUUUCAGUUGAUGAUAUUAUAGAUAGUUUAAAAUCUCUGAGCAUCAACAGCAGUGGAAAGGAAAUUGUUGGGGAGGAGCAAGGUGCACUUGUUCCAUAUAAACAAGAUGGUGCUGUUGUUCCAUAUGAAGAAUUUGAUCCAAUUAAAAAACGCCGGCCACGACCUAAAGUGGAUCUCGAUCCGGAGACAAAUAGACUAUGGAAUCUUUUGAUGGGUAAGGAAGGAAGCGAAAGCACAGAAACGACUGACAAGAAUAAAGAAAAGUGGUGGGAAGAAGAGAGGAAAGUAUUCCGCGGACGAGUAGACUCGUUCAUUGCACGAAUGCAUCUUGUUCAAGGUGAUAGACGAUUCUCCAAAUGGAAAGGAUCAGUUGUUGACUCUGUGGUAGGAGUGUUUCUCACACAGAAUGUAUCAGAUCAUCUUUCAAGCUCUGCCUUCAUGUGCCUUGCAGCCAAAUUCCCCCUGAAAUCGACAAUUAUCGGACAAUCGUGCUAUCAAAAUGGAGGUAGCCCAUCAGUUGAAGAAAAUGACGUUCAAGAAACAUGUCCAGAUGGCACUAUAACUUAUGAUCACAGCACAAUAAGACAGCCAGUGUACAAUCACAGCUCUGUAACAUCCAGUGAAUCGUGUCAAUACAGAGCAGGAAAUGUUAUGACAGGAAGAAGAAACUUUACAAUGGACAAGCAAAAUAGAAGAACAGAGGAGGACGUCAUUUCAUCACAAAGUUCUUCUGAAUCUCUUGUUUUCCAAGCAAAUGAAGAUAUCAGAUCCAGCUCAGGAUCAAAUUCAGAAGCCGAAGAUCAGAUAUCGGAAUAUCAGCAUCAAGUGAUGGGAAGGUCUUCUGCAAAUAAGAAACUCCCUCGAUCAGAAAAUCCUGUGUACAACCUGCAAAAUCAAGGACUGGAUGGAGGCAGCAAGGCAUAUGCUAGUCCAAUCACUUCCAAUGUGCUGCAUCAUCAGAGGCCAAUCCCUCCGUCCACUAAUUCAUGGUUCGGCAUGACGACAGGCUUGGAAGAAUGGGAAUCAAAUUUCCUCGCAUCUCCAGGAAAAGAAAGCAUAUCUUCUUUGGCUUCAACAGAUUUUGAGAAUAUCAAGACAACAGAUGUAGAAAGAAGUUUUAUCACCCAACAGACUGGAAGACCAGAUCUAGCAACAAGAGUGGAUCAUACAAUUCAAAACAAGUGCCUUGAACCACAGACUAACAUACAAUCUGGGUAUCAAAGCGGAGAGUGCCAACAUUCCACCAACUGCAACAGAGGAAGCCACAAGACCAUUCAGCAAGAAAGCAACUUUCUAUCAGACUGCACAACACCUGCUGAAGCAUUCAAUGACAAUCCAAGUGAUAAUUUCCUACACUUGAAGAAGAAAAUAUCUGAACCAGAUGCAGCGGGACAAGUAAAUUCUUCGACCAAACCAACGAACCGGACAGGUCCCACAAUUUCAAAUGCAGGAAAGACAAAAGUUGAGAAGGAAAAGGGAGAAGCAUGUCGUUGGGAUGAGUUGAGAAAGCAGGCACAAUUGGAGGUGGGAAAAAGAGAGAGAACUGAGGAAACAAUGGACUCUUUGGACUAUGAAUCACUAAGAAAGGCUGAUGUUCGUGAGAUUUCUGAAACAAUCAAGGAAAGGGGAAUGAACAACAUGCUAGCAGAGCGAAUUAAGGAUUUUCUCAAUCGACUGGUUGAAGACCAUGGAGGAAUCGACCUGGAAUGGUUGAGAGACGUUCCACCAGAAAAGUCUAAAGAUUAUCUUCUAAGCAUACGAGGACUGGGGUUAAAGAGCGUGGAGUGCGUACGCCUCUUAACACUUCAUAACCUUGCAUUCCCUGUUGACACAAAUGUUGGACGAAUUGCUGUGCGACUCGGGUGGGUGCCUCUCCAACCACUUCCUGAGGAACUCCAGUUGCAUCUCCUUGAAAUGUACCCAGUGUUGGAAUCCAUCCAGAAAUAUCUUUGGCCUAGGCUCUGUAAGCUGGAUCAGAAAACAUUGUAUGAGCUACACUAUCAAAUGAUAACAUUUGGAAAGGUUUUCUGCACAAAGAAACAACCGAAUUGCAAUGCAUGCCCAAUGAGAGGAGAGUGCCGACACUUUGCUAGUGCUUUCGCUAGCGCAAGACUUGCCCUACCUGGGCUAGAAGAGAAAAGUAUCAUUGCAUCUACUACUCCAACAACUGCCAAUGAAAACCCUGGCGUAACAAUAAAGCCAAUGUCACUACCACAAGUAGGUGACAAUUCAGACAGAGGAACUGGGUUGAGUAUCUGUGAACCUAUAAUUGAGGAACCAACGACGCCAGAACCACCGGUGGAAUUGUCAGAAACUGAUAUUGAGGAUGCAUUCUAUGAGGAUACAGAUGAAAUACCUACAAUCAAACUCAAUAUAGAACAGUUCGCUACAAAUUUGCAGAGCUUUAUGCAUGAGCAAAACAUGGAAACGAAAGAAACUAAUUUGUCUAAAGCACUUGUUGCUUUGCGUCCAGAAUUCGCUGCAAUCCCAACGCCCAAACUGAAAAGCAUGAGUAGACUGCGGACGGAGCACCAAGUCUACGAACUACCAGAUGAUCAUCCACUACUGAAAGGAAUGGAAAGGCGAGAAGCCGAUGAUCCUAGUCCAUACCUUCUUGCUAUAUGGACCCCAGGAGAGACGGCAGAUACAAUACAAGCUCCUGCAAGUAAAUGCAACCAUCAAGAAUCAGGUGGACUAUGUGAUAAAAAAAUGUGCUUUUCAUGCAAUAGCAUAAGAGAAGAACAAACACAGACAGUCAGAGGCACACUUCUGAUUCCGUGCAGAACAGCAAUGCGAGGGAGUUUCCCGCUGAAUGGUACUUACUUCCAAGUCAAUGAGGUAUUUGCGGAUCAUGAAUCUAGCCUUAAUCCUAUCAGUGUUCCGAGAAAUAUGCUAUGGAGCCUGCCAAGACGUACAGUUUUCUUUGGGACCUCUGUCUCAACCAUUUUCAAAGGCUUGACAACUGAAGGUAUCCAAUACUGCUUCUGGAGAGGAUUUGUUUGUGUCCGAGGAUUUGAGCAGAAAAUGCGAGCACCGAGACCUCUGGUGGCCAGAUUGCAUUACCCUGCAAGCAGGAUGGCGAAGAAAAACGAGCAAAAAUAA